AAUAAAUAUAUAAAAUUAAAUUAUAGCAAUAUAUAUAUAAAGAGGGCAAGAAAAGGAGAUGGUGGUGGUAUAUGUCAAGUUAAGAAAGGCUUCUUCCAAAAUUAAGGCCUGCCACAGAGAAAAAAAGAGUGAAGGAGGAGACGCAAACGAGAACAAAGCUUAAUAGAAUUCUGUGUCUCCCUCUUCACUCCCAAGGCUCUUGUGGAACCAUGGACUAUGAGAGCAAUAAUUGGAUAUUGGAUGGGGUUUACAACUUCCCACAUCUCUUUGGUGGUCUAAUGCUUACAGCUGCUUUGUUGGGAUUAUCAACAAGCUAUUUCGGCGGAAUUGGGGUUCCUCAUUUGCCAUACUUGUGGUCUGAUAUGGGAGUUUUCUAUAAGAAGAAACGUGAAAAGAAGCGUAUUCGGGUUUAUAUGGAUGGUUGUUUUGAUCUCAUGCAUUAUGGUCAUGCCAAUGCUUUAAGGCAAGCCAAAGCUUUGGGUGAUGAGUUAGUUGUCGGUGUUGUCAGUGAUGAGGAGAUUAUUGCCAAUAAGGGUCCCCCCGUUCUAUCCAUGGAAGAGAGGUUGGUUCUUGUUAGCGGAUUAAAAUGGGUGGACGAAGUCAUAGCCAACGCUCCUUAUGCAAUUACCGAGCAGUUCAUGAAUAGACUCUUUAAUGAGCAUAAGAUUGACUAUAUCAUACAUGGGGAUGAUCCUUGCUUGCUUCCAGAUGGAACUGAUGCUUAUGCCUUGGCAAAGAAAGCUGGUCGUUACAAGCAGAUUAAACGUACCGAAGGCGUCUCCAGCACAGAUAUUGUAGGAAGGAUACUUUCUUGUUCGAGGGAUAAGCAAGAAACUGAAGAUCAUAACAGUACCCCUUUGAAAGGAGAUUCGCAUAAAGAACAACAGUUCAAGGCCACCCAUUUAUCUCAGUUUCUACCAACAUCUCGUCGAAUUGUUCAAUUCUCUAAUGGGAAGGGACCUGGACCGAAUGCUCGUGUUGUGUACAUUGAUGGAGCAUUUGACCUUUUUCAUGCAGGACAUGUUGAGAUCCUAAAGAGUGCCAGGCAACUUGGAGACUUUUUGUUGGUCGGUAUUCAUGAUGACCAGACUGUGAGUGAAAACAGAAAGAACCACCAUCCAAUCAUGCAUUUACACGAACGCAGUCUCAGCGUUCUAGCUUGUCGCUAUGUUGAUGAAGUCAUCAUUGGUGCACCCAGAGAAGUUUCAAAAGAUGUGAUAACUACUUUCAAUAUCUCUUUGGUUGUACAUGGGACAAUUUCCGAGAACAAUGUUUCGUUGACAGAUGAAAUUGAUCGAUACGCUGUUCCCAAGAGCAUGGGAAUUUUUCAAUUGCUCGAAAGUCCAAAAUCUAUUACAACUACAUCAGUAGCUCAGAGGAUAAUGGCAAAUCAUGAAGCUUACAAGAAACGCAAUGCCAAGAAGACCGCAAGCGAAAAGAAAUACUAUGCAGAAAAGAAAUAUGUCAACGGUGACUAACCGAGCCAAGCCAAAGCCAAACCAGUAGGAAGUUUUCAUGGUCCAGCCUUUUUUGAUUCAUUGAAGAGAAAGCCUUGCUUAUUGUUGAAAUAGGAACUCUCCAUAGGUUCUUUAACUUUUUUGCCUCAACCUUUGAAGGAAGAAGAAGAGAUCAAAUCACAAAGAAAGCUUACACAACUCUGUUCAGACCUCAAAUGGAGCUUCUUUCUUUCUUUCUUCAACACUUUGAUGUAACUUGGUUAGGAGUUAGCAAGAACAAGUAUAUUUAUAAUAUUGUACCAUUACCAUCACCAUCAUCAUAUCCCAAUUCUUAUGCUUGUACUGAGAUUAUAUAUAGUGCUCCUCUCACUGGUUUCACCUUUCCUUUUUGGCCCAUUAUUUAUUAUGUUUUUUUUUUUAUCAAGUGUGCUAUAUAUAAAAAGCAGUUAUUUGAAUUUUUGCUUGUAAUGACAUCAGAACAUAACUCAAUGCAAUGAUAAUUUUAUUUAUUUUAGAA